AUGGGACAGACGCAUAGUCGUCAAUUGUUUGCACAUAUGUUAUCUGUAAUGUUAAAACACCAGGGAAUUACUAUUUCCAAACCUAAAUUAAUCAAUUUUCUUUCAUUUAUUGAAGAAGUUUGCCCUUGGUUCCCCAGAGAAGGCACAGUAAGUUUAGAGACGUGGAAGAAGGUAGGGGAACAAAUUCGGACUCAUUAUACUUUACAUGGCCCUGAAAAGGUUCCUGUAGAAACUUUAUCUUUUUGGACACUAAUUCGUGAUUGCUUGGACUUUGAUAAUGAUGAAUUAAAACGUUUAGGAAAUUUUUUAAAACAGGAAGAAAAUCCUCUUCAUGUUCCUGAUUCGGAGCCCAAGUAUGCUGUUCCCGAGGGAAUUGAAGGUGACCCUCCAUUUUGUAACUUAUCGCGUCCUUCGGAUAAUGAUGAUUCACUUUCCUCCACAGAUGAGGCGGAAUUAGACGAAGGAGCUGCUAAAUACCAUCAAGAAGAUUGGGGUUUUUUAGCACAAGAAAAGGGGGCGUCAACAUCUAAAGAUGAUUUGGUUGAAUGUUUAAAAAACCUCACUGUUGCUUUACAGAACUCAGGAAUUAAGUUUCCUAAUAACAAUUUAAAAUCCCCUUCUGCUCCGCCUCUUCCCCCUGCCUAUGCUCCUUCUGUUGUUGCGGGUCUUGAUCCCCCUCCGGGGCCUCCUCCUCCUCCGCCAUCUGAAAUUGUGUCUCCGCUACGAAAGGCAUUAAGACAAGCACAACGACUUGGUGAGGUUGUCUCCGAUUUUUCUCUUGCUUUUCCUGUCUUUGAACAUAACAACGAGCGUUUCUAUGAAGUGCUGCCUUUCAAACAAUUAAAAGAGUUAAAGAUUGCUUGCUCACAAUACGGUCCUACCGCUCCAUUCACUGUUGCUAUGAUAGAAAAUUUGGGUACUCAGAAUCUACCCCCAAAUGAUUGGAAACAAAUAGCUAGAGCUUGUCUUUCGGGGGGAGAUUAUUUAUUGUGGAAAUCUGAAUAUUUUGAACAGUGUGCUCGUAUAGCCGAUGUUAAUCGGCAGCAAGGUAUACAAACCUCCUAUGAAAUGUUGAUUGGUGAAGGUGCUUUCCAGGCUACUAAUACUCAACUUAAUUUCUUACCUGGUGCAUAUGCACAAAUAUCAAAUGCAGCCCGACAGGCAUGGAAAAAACUCCCUAGCUCCAGUACUAAGACAGAAGAUCUUUCAAAAGUCCGACAGGGACCUGAUGAGCCUUAUCAGGACUUCAGCCUUAUCAGGAUACUCUUAGAUACUAUAGGAUGCCGAAGCGCCGCGCUGGAUCCCGGAGAGGCUACAGAUACAAAACGAGAGGCUAUGGCUUUUUGGGCAUACAUUCCUGACCCGCCUAUGAUUCAAUCAUUAGGAUGGGAUAAAGAAAUAGUACCUGUCUAUGUCAACGACACAAUUAAAAUAACUAAAGCUUGGUAUGAUGAGACUGCUUUAGAAUUGCUACAACGCAUUAACACGGCUCUUAGCCGCACUGAAAGAAGUGUAAGCCUGAUUGUUCUGGCGAAGUAUGGAAAUAAUCACGAGACUGCUCUGAUGUGUUUAAAUGAAAUCGAUUAUAGUUCUUGGACCAGCAGUCCUCGUUUGAUCUGGGAUUAA